CAAGAAAUUGAUGUUCGUUUAACUGGCUCGCUUUCAUCAUUUGAUGCCGGCCUUCUCCGUCUUCCUCCGCCAGGCAGCCCAUUGGCCACUUGUGACUAUCUUAUCCAUUUGCCUUUUUCAAUUCCGGCCACCAAUCUUGAUUCGCAUCCUCUUGACCACUUUCUUUGGCCAGACCAAAUGAAACGCCGCUCAAUUUGUACUAGGGCCAAUGAGUACCCGGUUAAUUUGGUUAAUGCCGGACUCGGCCAUACGAAUUCGAAGCCGUCACCUUCACCUUUAUCAGCAACUUUGGAUAAUCUUGGAGCAAGUGCCUGUAAAACUGCUCGCUUACACUCUUGCCAAGAUUCGUUGCCUCACAUCGGCAGUCAGGGUAUGAUGCUUGAGAGAAGUUAA